CCUCCACGUCCUCUCUACACGUCCUUUUUUAUUUUUUUUUUCAUUUCUCCAUUUGGCACUGGCAUUGACAGCUACUAUUUUCCCUCAUUCAUUUAUUCUCCCUUCUCUAAAAUAUAUUUAUAUUUUUUUCUUUCUUUCCUUCAAUAUAAAUGCCAGUCAAAUACAAAAUAACAAAAGCAAAGCUUUCCUUCUUUACCCCCGUUAUUUUUUUGAAAAUGAAGACCAACCGUGGCAAAAUUGACGGAAAGAAAGAAAUUCUUUUAUACUUUUUGCGUCAGCCUAAGAAAAAUAAAAUUCGAAAGGAACAAAAAAUAAAUAAAAAGAAUGCUUUGUGCCACCAAAAAAAUUUUUUUGGAAGAAGACGACUUUGUGUCUCCCCAAAAAUUCUUUUUUUUCCUUUUAAAUUUUUAUUUCCUUUUAUUUUUUUUUGUAUUUUUAACUUUUUAAUUUAUUGUUUUAUUUUUUUUUGUGUUUAUUUGGCUAAGGAAACCUCUUUUUUUAAUAAUUUUUUAUCAAUGUUGGCGACCGGUUAUUAACCUGUACCAGGGAUGUUACGGAUACCCUAAACCCAGACUUUUUUCGACCAAAAAAUAAAUAAAAAGAAUGCUUUUUUUAACUGUCUGAGGAAAUUCCCUAUCAGAAGAAAAUUUAGAAAAUCCGACUCGAAACCCAACCCGACUUUUUUCUCUACUCGUGACAUCCCUGACUUGUACCCUCGAUUUUUUUGGUUAUCACUGGUUUUUGACCUACAGGUUUUCGUUUUUAGUUUGGUUACCCAAAAAUUUUCUUUUUAA